AUGGCUGAAGCAAGUACAAGUCAGUCACCUACCCAGCAGAUACAGCAACUACAGCAACUACAGCAACCACAACAGCCGCAACAGCAGCAGAUAUCUCCUCAAGCUGUUCACAUAUCACCUCAACCUCCAACUCCGUUACAUCCCUUUCAAUGUACCGUCUGCCUGCGGAGGUUCACAAGACAUGAGAACCUCAAACGACAUGCGCACCGACAUCGUAAACCCGAGGAGGAAGUCAAAUAUGCCUGUAAUCACUGUAACAAGGUGUUUGCGAGGAGUGAUCUGCGUAGAAGACAUAUAAGGAAACAGCAUCCUGAAUUCGCUCCUAGUCCACUCCCGUCCCAGAGAUCCAAUAGUCAAAGCAAUAUCAAUGCGAUCGGCAAUACCGAUAUCAGCCCAAUCUCAAUAACGCAUAAAAAUGUUCCUUUGCCAAGUACCAACUGUGCUGAUCCUCAGGGGGACGCCCGCCAGCCUAAUCAUUCCUUCAGUUCUGAUCUUGGUCAGAUGGAUUCAUCAUUUGUGCCUACCACCUCAGGGCAGCAUGAACGAACGGGUUUAGAAUCAGGUUCCGAUACGUCCAAAGGUUAUCAGGUUCCGCCAUCUUUCGAUAUCGAGUCUCUUCUCACUUCUAGGUUAUCUGAAGCUACUGCUAAUGCAGCUAUGAGCGGUAUGAAUCUGAGUGGUUUAUCGCCCGAUUUUACAUACGAUCGUCGACAUAGUACCGUCGGUCCCCGCACAUCCCCUCCUUCAUCGUUCACCACCGAGAUCUUCAUAUCUCAAUCAACGAUCGAAAACGGUAUAUCAUUAUAUUUCGAGAAGAUCGCUGGCUUCUUUCCAUUCAUACAUCAACCCACAUUCGAACUUGCCACCACACCUGAAUACCUCUUGAUGGCCAUGCUAUGCGUGAGCUUACAGUUCACUCAAAGUCAGCCGAACCCUACUUCACCUACUGAGGCUGUCGAGGAAAGUGGAUACAAAUUAGCGAAAUACUGUUUUUAUAGGAGUUGCAGAUUGUUAGAUUCAGUGGAACAGAACGAAGAUGAUAGUCGAGGUGGAUUGAAGUUGUUUAUGAUUCAGGCGUACCUUUUGUUGGAAGUUCAUGCGUUAUGCUUUGCAAGAGGGUCUGAGAGUUCUUGGGGUUUGAGGUUCCACCAUCGAUUGACUGAGCUCGCUCGUGUUGGUGGAUUAGGCGACCCAUACCCUCCUCAACAGGUAGAUAAAGGGGAUUUGAAUGCGUUAUGGCGGCAGUUUAUCAAAGCUGAAAGUCACAAGAGAACCCUCUACGCAGCAUACCAUCUUGACACUCUAUGGUAUCACACCCUAUCCGUCCCACGAGGUAUAUCCCAUCUCGAGAUCAAAUUGGAUUUACCGUGUCCAGAGGCAGCUUGGACUGUCAACUCAGCUGCCGAAUGGGCGUUUUACGGUCUUGUCAACGAACAAAUGCAGAAUCCGACCAGAUACCUAAACGCUAUAAGGAUAUGUUUGGCACCGGAGGCAGCUGAGAAAGUAUCUUCACUUGAUACGUAUGGCUGUCUUGCAUUGAUCCUCUAUCUAAUUAGCGGUGUGAGGGAAAUGUCGGGCUGGUCAACUGUCACUGGGAAAGUACCUAUCGAGCGAUUCGAGGCGUUAUACGCUUCUUUGGUAGCUUUCGAAUCGAUCGUACAAAAACAAGAUGAUUAUUCGCCACUAUUCAUCUUGAUGAAAGCUACUUGGCAUAUGGCAAUGAUCGACCUGCUCCUUUGGUCUCCAUCACACACCAAUGGAGUAGUCGAGAUCAACCUGGAAGCUGCUUUAGCGGCAGUUGCAAGACUCAGUAAUUCAGCUAUCACAUUUUCCUCGUCCAGCGUGGCUGCCACGGUUGAUCAUCACUUACGAUGGUUUCUCACUUACCUCGACAAAACUCAGGAUGUGACGAAGGAAGCGCCGUGGAUGGCCAUAUACUCCUUCAAAGCGGUUUUAAUCGCUUAUCAACAAGUUUCGUCUGGAAACAAUGAUCCAUUGGAUACCUUGGGUUUAUCCAAUUCGGAUGAUAUGCUAGAGUGGAUCAAAGGGAUAUUCGAAAAGAGGUCGUAUUGGUCUGUAGGGAAGAUAGUAUUGGAUAGUUUGGGAGAACUGGACCAUGAUAAUUAG